CUGUCUCACUGCCUUGAUCCGUCGCCAGACAGCCAAUCACUGGCCUUGUCUUCUGAUACGGGAGGACAAGAAAACAACAACUCAGUAGCAGCCGGACUGUUAUUUUGUUGCCUUAGACUCAAACAAAAUAUAACCUGAUCACGCGUUCGUGUGAGACUGUGUACACCUGGGGCAGUACUCACAUCGACAACCCACAACUUUUGAUUUCGUCACUGUUGUCGCGGACAUUCGAUUUGGACUUCCUCCUGUCAGUGCUUGUGCUUGGUUGUCACAUUGUUGAGUUGUGCGCUUCAUCUAGUGGAGAAAUUGAUUAACAAUCAAACAAAAGCAGUGCAGCAGGAUCCUAUCAUUUAGUUUCAUUUAACCGUUAUAGCCCCAAUACAUCAAGCGAGACAUUUUAUCAGCAUGGAACUCCAGUGUGACAUUUGUUUUGCCAAUUAUGAUAUGGAAGCCUAUCGUCCCAAGAGCUUGCCUUGCGGACACACCUUCUGUAAAUGUUGCGUCCAGAAUCCUGGUCUGGGAAGGAAGUGCCCCACUUGUAGGAAGGACCUGGCGGCGGACCCUGACGGCCUCCCCGACAACAUCCUAGCCAUUCAGCUCAUUGAGAACGAUGGCGCCCCACUCCGCAAGAGGCCAAGGAGAGAAGAUCCAGAGGUGCAGCAGCUGCAGCGCGGCGUGGACGCGGCCAGAAAGGUGGUGGACGCGCUGCGGCUCGCGGUCCCCAAGGCCGUGGAGGCGCUUAACCGCCAGCUCGACAUGUCAGUCGCCCAGCUCCGCCAACUGGAGGAGGCCCUGGAGCAGCAGGUGCAGCGGAGGGCUGGCGGCGACCAGGGCUCCUCGCCGGAGCAGCUGCAGACGGCUGAGCAGAUGGAGGACAGCCUCCGCUUGCUCACCACAAACAACUGCAGCGUCGUCGUAGGGGAGAAUGGUUCCAGCUGGAAGGCCUCUGUACAGCUCAGCGAAUCCUCCGACAUUCUGCGCCUUUUGUUGCUGCAGCUGCGGGCGGACGGCCAGCUGGCAAAGGUUGACGGCAUCCCCGUUUCCUCCUCUGCAUCCGGAUACGUGGGACCGCCAAUGCUGGGCAUCCUCACCAUAAAGCGCACUGAUCUCACGGAGGGCAAUUUGAAAGUGGAUGAAAUCAUUCGAGCAAAACGUCGGAUGCAAAAUAUACGCAGUAUUAGAGGCUUACAGGGCGAGGGCUCGGACAAGCUCCUGCGUGUCGUGGCGUCGCACUCGCUCCACGUCGAGGAGCUCUGGUUCUCGGGCGAGGUUGAACCGAAAGUCAUGGAGGUGGUGCAGAAGAUGACCUCCCUCAAAAGACUUUUCUUUGAAAGCUUAGAAAACCAUGAUGACUACCCGGACCUGCCAUCGCAACUGGAAGAGCUUACUCUAAAUAGUCCAUGCGAGCAACAGCUGGACUCAGUAAUGCGAAUGCCUGGUCUGCGCAGUCUCAAGAUUUGGAACUACUUUGGCGCAAAUCUCACCUUUCCACCGUCGGAGUAUGGAACUCUGCGUUGGCUGGGCGUUUGCUUCGAUCCUGAGCACAAACCCACCAUGCUCUCCCUGAUCCGCGCACACUCCUCAUCACUUCAGGAGCUGCUGGUGUACUGUGGCAUCAGUGAUGUUGAAUUAGAUGGUAACUUUUACCUCCCAGACCUGGGCCAAGACUUGGCUGCCUGCGGCCUGGUGCACCUCCGGCGCCUCGUCCUUUAUCGUCCAAAAUUCGUUCCAUGCACGGAUAUCGCAGGCUGCCUGAUACAACUGCAGAACCUCCGCGGCUUCCUGCCCUCGUCCGUUGAGGUGGUUUGCGAUGAGUGUACUACCUCUGUUCUGUGGUAAAUGCUUAAGCACGCCCGCUUUAGGGCAAGCUCAAAAAAGCUCCCGUCGUCUAAGACAUGCGGUCAUAAUUUUCCUAAGAUUUUCCUGAAUUGUAAGCUGGAAUCAUAGAAAUAAAGCUUAC